UCAAAUCACCUUACCCAAACAAGAUCUCAAAUCUGAACAAAGUAGAGAGUUUCUUCUUCUCUUUCUCUUUGAGUGCAAGCAUUAAUUUCUCCUUCAAAAUCUGAUAAAAUCCCAAACAAUCUAAAUCUUCCUAAAACAAAGGCAAAAUAAACACCCUACACAUGGGUUUUCUUCCUUUUGAUCGCUGCGCUGUCACCCGAAAUGCAUUCACAUUGUUUUGUUACCGGGAACCGGCCCGGACCGACCUCAAACCAGGACUCUGCCGGGCCUCCGUGUCUCAACCCCGGUUUAGCUCACCUUCGCCUGCGACGUUGAGGGCAUUGUGCAGGACGACACCGGUGAAGGCAAGUGCAGUGCACAAGAAGCCUAAGAUUUGUACGGCCGACGAGCUUCACUACGUCAACGUUCCAAAUUCCGAUUGGAGACUCGCUCUCUGGCGUUACCUGCCAUCACCCGAGGGGAAGCCGAGGAAUCACCCAUUGUUGCUGUUAUCAGGGGUUGGGACUAAUGCAGUUGGAUAUGAUCUUGCUCCUGAGUACUCUUUUGCACGCUUCAUGUCUGCUCAAGGAUUUGAUACGUGGAUUCUUGAAGUUCGAGGAGCAGGGUUGAGUGCCAAGCAGACACUUAAUGCAGAUUUCAGGAUUUCUUCGCCUAUAGGAGUAAGCAAAGAUUUGAUUCUGAAAUCCAGUGAACCGCAGUCAUUGUCAAAGAAUAUAAUGCGUUUGUCUGAAAUGCGCUCAGGCUUUCUGCAUGAAGGGCAAAACUCGGCUAUUGCUGGCCAAAUUAUGGAUUUGAGUCAAAAGCUUAUGAAUAUUAUUGAAGAAAGUCACCGUUUGGUUAGACUACUUUUCUUUGACUUGCAAGACCGCUUUUCUACAACACUAGAAGAUUUUCAGAAACAACUAGACCUAGUUGUGAAGUAUGAUUGGGAUUUUGAUCACUAUCUGGAAGAGGAUGUGCCUGCUGCGAUGGAGUAUAUAAAGACUCAAUGCAAACCAAAAGAUGGCAAACUGCUCGCAAUCGGUCACUCCAUGGGGGGGAUUCUUCUGUAUGCAAUGCUCUCAAGAUGUUGUUUCAGAGGAAGUGAUCCUGGAUUUGCAUCGGUCGCUACUUUGGGGUCAUCACUCGACUAUAGAUCUUCGAAAUCAUCACUAAGAUUUCUCUUACCCCUGGUUGAUCCUGCACAAGCCUUUAAGGUUCCUGUCAUACCAAUCGGGACAUUGAUUGCUGCUGCUCAUUCACUAGCAUCUCGUCCUCCCUAUGUCUUAUCUUGGUUAAAAACUCAAAUAUCUGCUCCGGGGAUGAUGCAUCCAGAGUUGUUGGAAAAGCUUGUUCUGAACAACUUCUGCACCGUACCCGCUAAGCUUCUGCUGCACCUUAGAACAGUCUUUCAAGAGGGUGGGUUGCGUGACAGGACUGGAACCUUCAUUUACAAGCGUCAUUUAGGCCAAAGCAAUGUCCCCGUGCUAGCAGUUGCUGGAGAUCAAGAUCUAAUAUGUCCACCAGAAGCUGCAUAUGAAACUGUGAAGCUUAUUCCUGAGCAUUUGGUUACGUACAGAGUGUUGGGAGAACCUGGUGGUCCACAUUAUGCUCACUAUGAUCUAGUCGGAGGUCAUACGGCAAUAGAUCGAGUGUAUCCAUGUAUAGUUGAAUUCCUUGAUCGUCACGAUAUGAUUUAGUUUUCCCUCGACACAUUUCCAAUGUUCUUGUUUUCCCUUCAGUAUCCCAUUCCCAUGUCAUUGAAGAAAGAAGCAAAAUGCAUGAAAGACGGAUUUGGAUUCUCCAGCAGAGUCGCUUCCAAAUCCAGGUUCAUAUGCAUUGUAAGUGGAAUCAAGUUUUGUGAAGAUUAAGUUGUACUUUAUAUUAUUGAAUAGAUAAUUGUAAAGGGAAUACCAUAUUUUGUAAAGGGUUACUAAUACAAUAAUAUAGGAUUGAUCGCGAUUUAGAUACGAGAUCGUUCUUUAGUUGUGUUUGGCCACCA